ACUUCCGGGAGGCUGUGGUGCGCCAGGAGCGCGCCCUGCUGCCCCCACCAUGUCCUCGGAGUCCAGCAAGAAGAGGAAGCCCAAGGUGAUCCGCUCGGAUGUGCCACCGGAGGGGAAACGGGGCAAGGGAGACACCGACCAGGAUGUCAGGUACUACAGUGAGGAGAGCGAGGUGGAUCUGCGGGACCCCAUCAAGGACUACGAACUCUACAGGGAGACCUGCCAGGAGCUCCAGAGGCUCAUGGCAGAGAUCCAGGAGCUGAAGAGCCGGGGGAUCAAGGAAAACGCCUCGGAGAUCGACGAGCGGCGCGUCCAGAGCUGCGUCCACUUCAUGACCCUGAAGAAGCUGAACCGCCUGGCCCACAUCCGCCUCAAGAAAGGCAGGGACCAGACCCACGAGGCCAAGCAGAAGGUGGACGCGUAUCACCUGCAGCUCCAGAACCUGCUGUACGAGGUGAUGCACCUGCAGAAGGAGAUCACCAAGUGCCUGGAGUUCAAGUCCAAACACGAGGAGAUCGAGCUGGUGAGCCUGGAGGAGUUCUACAGAGAGGCCCCCCCUGAGAUCAGCCGCCCUGCCAUCACCCUGGCAGAGCCCCACCAGCAGACACUGGCCCGGCUCGACUGGGAGCUGGAGCAGCGCAAGAGGCUGGCAGAGAAAUACAAGGAAUGCCUGACCAGCAAGGAGAAGAUCCUGAAGGAGAUUGAGGUGAAGAAGGAAUAUCUGAGCAGCCUCCAGCCCCGGCUCAACAGCAUCAUGCAGGCCUCCCUGCCUGUCCAGGAAUACCUGUUCAUGCCCUUCGACCAGGCCCACAAGCAAUACGAGACCGCCCGGCACCUCCCGCCGCCCCUCUACGUCCUCUUUGUCCAAGCCAGCGCCUACGGACAGGCCUGUGACAAGAAGCUGGUGGUGGCCAUCGAAGGGAGUGUGGAGGAGGCCAAGGCCCUGUACAAGCCCCCCGAGGACUCGCAGGACGACGAGAGCGACUCGGACGCGGAGGAGGAGCAGACCACGAAGCGGCGCAGGCCCACCCUGGGGGUGCAGCUGGACGACAAGCGCAAGGAGAUGCUCAAGAGACACCCCUUGUCUGUCACCAUCGACCUCAAGUGCAAAGAUGAGAACGUGCUGCACCUCACCUUCCACUACCUGAUGAACCUCAACGUCAUGACGGUGAAGGCCAAGGUCACCACGGCCAUGGAGAUGACCACGGCCAUCAGCGCCGGGGACCUGCUGUCCCCAGACUCCCUCCUCAACUGCCUCUACCCAGGAGACCACGGGAGGAAAACCCCCAACCCGGCCAACCAGUUCCAGUUUGACAAAGUGGGCAUCGUGACCUUGAGCGAUUACGUGACAGAGCUGGGGCACCCCUACGUGUGGGUGCAGAAGCUGGGAGGCCUGCACUUCCCCAAGGACCAGCCUCAGCACAUGGUCACUGCAGAUAAUUCCCUGAGUGCCAGUGACAGUUUGGGUUCCUCCCCCUUCCCCUCCCUGGGGGUGACCCCUGUUCCCUGCUCAGCCAAGCUCCAGGCCGCCGUGGUCCUGAACCCCGGCUAUUCCACCCUCCCGCCCGUCUUCAGCCUGUGCCUGAACUGGAAGGGGGAGCGGAACAGCAGCAACGACGACAACAUUCGGGCCAUGGAGAGCGAGGUCAACGUGCACUACAAGGAGCUGUGGGGGCCCAAACCGGGCUACCAGCUGCUCACCAACCAGCUGCAGCGCCUGUGCAUGGUGCUGGACGUGUACCUGGAGACGGAGCCCCACGAUCCCAGCGUGGAGGGGCCCAAGGAAUUCCCCCAGGAGAAGAUGUGUCUGCGCCUGGUCAGGGGUCCCCUGCGCCUGAAGCCCUUCAAGUUCAACUACCCCCAGGGGUUCUUCAGCCAUCGCUGAGCCCCCCCUGGGCAUCUCUCUGGGAUGGGCCUCGUCCCCUCUACAGGAGGAGUGUCCCCAUCCCGCCAUUUUAGCUCCUUUUCCAAGGUUUUGGGGUUGGUUUUGUAGCCAAAGGGAUUAAACUGAAGCAAAAGAGAA